AUGUCAACAAUGGUCACUCACUCUAUCUCUCCUCCUGAUCCCUCGCGAUCCAGUGCCGGAUCUUCUUCUCGAAAUCUGGAAUGGCUCCGCAAAUCAGAUUCUGCUACCGACAAGGAAAUUCCUGGCCCCCCCAAUCCCAGGCCCUCUACGGGGACAAUUCAAGGCAUCCGGAGAAUUGCCUCUGACAGUCACACAUGGUCCAAGAAAUUUCAUGUUACGGUCGGCUCGAUGGAGGGCAAAGAUGCUAAGACCCUAGACACAGGGCAUGAUCGGCAAGACCAGCAAGGCCGUACACAAUCAGACAUACCGACUGUUCGAGAUCACGAAAGCUCACAACAUACUGCGGUUGAGUUAGGGCCGGGCUCACUACGGAAAGUGCUUCAAGAGAAGCCCAGACCAGAACGUAGCGUCAGUCGGGGACGUACCCAUGUCGACAAAAGCAUCGAAGCCACUGUGAAAAACCCCGAGGCUGUUGGAAAUGCUCGCAGUAGGAAAGCAAGUCAUAUGAUGGGCAUUUUCGACCCAAGGACCGAUUCACGUUUACCGGUGGUGCCAUCGUCAGGCGCCAAUGAUCUUCCUCCCCAUAUUAGCACUGAUUAUAAGAACCUUCCCACAUCGACUUCGCGCCCUACAAGCUCCUCAUCUCAAGAUGUUAUUACCGGUAGAGCAACCAGACAUUCCUCAAAAGAGCCUAAUGAGAACUUCUAUUCUACACAUCGUGACGACAGUCAUUUACCUAGUGCAAGAGGAUCUCAGACGUCCUCUCAACCCAGGCCUGAUCACGACCCAUACUUCCGUCACCAGGAUCUCGCCCAGGUACCUAGCAUUCUUCCAAAGUUACUUGAGGAAAUCAAAGGAGCAUACAGGACGCGAGUCCUCAAUGUUAACCUAGAUGCACCAGCCGAGCGUACUCAGACUGCCUUCGGUCCCACUUCGGCGGCGGAUACAGCUCAUCGACGUACGGGUCGUGACGACGAAGAAGAACACAUCUCAGCAGCGGUCUACUAUCCUCACCCUGGCCCGUCUCCCGAAGAGAUUGAACGAUUCGCAUCUCCCGGAGAACAUGCGCUGGACCUUGACAAGAAGUCUCUUCUGUCACCAGUUCAAAGCAUCUUACCCAAUGAUAAAAUAUCGAUUGAUUCGCUGAGACCAGCUGAGCACAUUGACAUCUCUGUGGUCUCCAAAAACGAUACAAAAGUCUUCCAUGGUAAUUACCAGCCCGUUCAUGAGGUCUCCAAUGAUCUCGUCGAUAUUCCAUUUGAUGAACAUUCAACAAGUGCCAUUCUUACCACUUCCGAGUCAGAGGCCGAAUCUAGUGACGAGCUAGGACAACAAAGCCAGGCCGAAGAUAUUUCUACAACUCCAACUCAGACUCCCAUUAUCGCCAGGAGGCCUACUGAUGUACCUGGAUCUCGGACACGAGCAAAAGUUGUCCUUGAACCUUACAAGCAUCAGGUGGGAGGGCACUCAACGAUUUUCCGCUUCUCUCGACGUGCAGUUUGCAAGCAACUGAACAAUCGAGAGAAUGAAUUCUACGAGCGUAUCGAACAGCGUCACCCUGACAUGCUUAAGCUGCUUCCAAGGUAUAUCGGUGUCCUCAAUGUAACUUUCUCCAAAGUGCCGAAGCAAGGAGAGCCUACCGAGGCCAAGCCCGAGGAUAACCAAACAAGUGCCAUGGCGGGUCUCAUUCAUGGCAACGACCUUGGAUCCGAGCUGGACCCUGCUCUCACAGCUCGUGUUUUGGAGAAGCCCCGGAUUGUGAGCCACUCGCAACAGCUUGGGAGUAUCCCUCAAGUCAUCCUCGACCAGAACAAGCAUAUUGUUCCUUCGAACUAUUUUGCAUUACCCGAGCGGCCUAGAAGUGCUGAUCCCAACCAUGGGCGGCGUCUCAGCAAGGACUUUGACAUGACUAGCAGUGGACAUGAACACCAAGGAGAGGACCCCAAGUCGCCACCCAGACCAGCUCUGCCGGAACACUCAAACAGCUGGGGAAAUACUUCAGUCAAUGAAGGAUUGAAAGAUAAAGUUCUCCGUGAGGUAUUUGGUCCCCCCCCUGUGCAAUAUUAUCGCCGUCAUCUAUCGUCCCACACCCAUGGGACCAUCCCAAGGCUCAAACCUGGGCAGUACCAUUCCGAUGGAUCUCGUCGCAAAAGUAAUCUUUCGACAAAUACAGUCCCUCUGGUCGAAAGUUUGAGCACUGAUAAAGAGCAUAGUAAAAGCUCUGCUAGUUCAGAACACUCUGCAAUGGCGCGUGUGUUGGAAGAGUCCGCCAAUGGCUUGGAGGUUCCCACCGGCGCGUAUUCCGCCUCGUCGGCUGUUGACGGCAUGACUUAUGGACUUGAGAAAGUCAGGACGACAGGAAGUGAAGUUUCGACUACCUCUAACGGAGAGCCAAAAACCCACGUGAAAAGGCGCCACUCAGGCAUGGGUCUCAGAAGACGGCACGUGUCAGUCAAUGAGACACGACCUCCGGAUCUUGAAUACUUUGAGGAUGAGGCUUACGCAACUGAUGUUGGCCCAGACACUGCAAAUGAUGUUUUUACUAUGGAUCAAGACCUGGAUCCCAACGAAAAGAAAAUCGACUCUGGGCCAGCACGACCACAAAAUGGCCGACCUAUGCAACGUCCAAAUGGUGGUGAUGCGGCGGCCGAUAAUUUCGAAACAGAGCCACAUGAGUUGGCCCAAGCUCUAGUCCCAACAAAUCCGAAAGAUGCUCAAUCAUCAAAUUCAGGAGAUCGAGUGGUGUACUUUAUUCUCAUGGAAGAUCUUACGAGUGGGAUGGGACGGCCCUGUGUGCUCGAUCUCAAAAUGGGCACCCGACAAUUUGGCGUCGAGGCGACUAAGAAGAAGAUGGAAUCUCAAAGGCGCAAAUGUAAAACAACAACAUCGCAGGUUCUGGGUGUGAGAAUAUGUGGCAUGCAAACAUUUGAUGCCAAAAUUGGAAAAGCGUCAUACGAGGACAAGUAUUUCGGCCGCGACCUCAAGGCAGGUCGUGAAUUUCGCGAUGCAUUGGUAAGAUUUCUUUAUGAUGGAAUUAGCUAUAGCAGUGUUGCAAAGCACAUUCCCACUAUUCUGCACAAGGUGUCUAAACUUGAGAGCAUGGUCCGACGGCUACCGGGUUAUCGAUUCUAUGCGAGCAGCUUGUUGAUGCUUUAUGAUGCCGAGCCCUACAAAUCACGCGAGGCUGAAGAAGCUGCAAGGAACGGCAUAAACAUUGCCGAGCAGAAGAGCAAGGAAGGCAAAAAAUGGCCACCACCAAUCGAGCUCAAGAUUGUGGAUUUUGCCAAUUGUGUCACCGGCGAGGAUCCAUUACCAUCAAAUGCUCAAGCACCACCAGCACAUCCAAAUGACAUUGAUCGUGGCUAUCUACGCGGCUUGAGGACGCUCAAGGUCUACCUAGAGCGUAUUCUUGGAGAUAUCAAAUCGGCUGAGAUACCGGAUCGCGGCGAUGGAGAAGAGAUCGCCAGCGAAAAUGGACUCAACAAAGAAUAUUCUCAUUCGAUCAACGCUGCUGAAGAACUACGGGACGAGGGAGAAGUCAGUAUGUGA